AUGGCGACCACGUCCACGGCUCAGAGCAGCAAGCCUAAUGGCUCUUCCUCUCGCGAACGACACUCCAGUAGUCGCUCAGAGCUGAACUCGUCGCCCGCCGUUCCGCGCACAGCGCCCUCGUUUUCCAUUGCCAGCCAAACGACACCAAGUUCACAACUGCUCACCGCCGAGGGACUCAUAGCCGCGCACGCGAGCGCGCAGAACCCCGCCUUGUCUGCACUUGAUGCUGCCGUCUCGGAGCGGAACACGCUGUCCGUUCAGAACACGCAGCUCUGGAAGCUCAUCGAGAAGCAGCGGUCCGGCUAUGGCCAGCUAAUGAAAGAGCUCGAGCGCGUUCGCGGAGAACGCGACGUGUAUCGAAACAAGCUUCAGAGUCUGGGGGAAAACACUGAUGCACUCCUUCGUGCGCAUCGGGGGCGGGAGAAGCGGGAAGGCAAGGAGGCUAUCCUCCGUUCAACAGCGUCACAGUCGCACUUGCGUAGUAGUGAGCUCAGCUCCUCUCAAGGGUUCGAUGCUAGGGCAAAUAUGAAUCGGACGAACUCAGAAGACAUAGCCUCUCGUAGUCUUCACCAUUCUCACUCGCAGGAUCACGUUUCGCGUUCCCGUUCAACAUUACGGGAACAGGCUGGGUCGCAAACCAGCCUGAACAUCUCUGCAUCAGGCUCGCGCGGUUCCUCCAUCACACCUUCGACUUUGUCUUCUAACGUUGCAUCUACGAAUUCAAUCCCACAUCCUCCAUACCCUCGAGACGUGACACCUGAAAGGACUAGGAAUGGCGAUAACGCGUCAAGUCCCGUCAAAGUUUCCUUUCCGACUGCUCCGACCGUUGAUCAAGAUAUUGCAUCUGCAUCUGCAUCUUCUGCGACAACAGCGACAGCUGCCGCGAGCUCGUCCGCAACUGAGAUGGCCGAUCCUGUACUUGGUCAUUGGCAACAAGGUCACCGACCAUCUCUCGACACUGCUCCUCCGCCAACUCAAGUGGCCGUGUUAACAUCGGCAACGCCAGCGCAAUUUAAUCUCCCACAUAGUCGUUCCCCGCCACGACAACCUCUUUCUCCAGUACGAGCUCAGAACAUUGACUUGGUAGAACGACAAACCUUGCCUGACAUGCAAUUACUUGAGCCACAAGCAUUGAAACUUAACUCUCUCAGUCCUUAUAUGAAUGGCGACCCGAAUCGACUACCCGCUCUCUCCCGCGAGUCCCGCAUAUCUCUCCCAGAAGAGGCGAAACGGUAUUACGCCAAUCUAACCGACUCGCCCGCACCCAGUCCCAGCAUGACUACCGGCUCUGGCUUUCCUUCAACCUCCACAGGGCAAAGUUCUCCUGUGAAGCCUCAGAUGCCCCAAAUCGUAGAGGCGGCUGAGUCGGUGAGGAGUCGCUCUUCCAGUGCGAGUGCAGCUGGAGGGCGAGUGAGGGGAACGGGUGGUGGAGAUGAAGCCUCACCAUUCCUGGACAUGGAGGACGGUGAUAGCUCAUACUCCGGCACGAAUGGAACGAGGCGUAGAUCCAACGCGGAGAACAGUUAUAGCAGCGCGUAUGAUGCCACGGAAGACAUGGACAGUCGAGAUCCCGAAACAAGCUCACAUGCCGUUGCCGAGGAUUUCCCUCUGCCUCCGACGACGAGCUAUGCAACGUCGGUGACAAGCACAACGAACCUGCUGGUUCAAUCAUCUCAACCGAGCACCCCAAUUUCUCCGUUCCCUAUUCAUCCCGGCGAGACUCAAAUAACUUUCCGUGCACUCCCCCUUCUUGCUAGCGAUCUUCCUCACACAAAGGUGCACGUCGUAAACUCGACCAUUCGGCCGAACGACCGGGGCAAGGAGUUGCUGUCCUUUGUCAUCGCUGUUUACCCAGGAAGUGGCAAGGAGCCGUGGAAGGUAGAGAAACUGUAUGGCGACGUGCUGGGACUUGACGCUCGAGUCCGUGCGAGUGUCGGGAAGAGCUUAAUCAAGAAGAUGGUCUCACUGCCGGAAGGCCGACUUUGGCGCGAUCAUGCACCGGCAAAGGUUGACCAGAGAAAGAGCGCCCUCGAGCAUUAUCUACGGUCGUUGAUUGCCCUCCCCGUCAAGAACAAGGACGAGAUCAUCGCCUUUUUCACAUCUGACAUCGUCCGUGAGGCGCAGAAACCUGUCUUCAAGGCGGGAUACAAGGAAGGCUAUCUGACGAAGAGAGGCAAGAACUUUGGUGGAUGGAAAAGCAGGUACUUCGUGCUGCAGGGGCCUUCCUUGGAAUACUAUGAAAGCCGUGGGGGCGCGCAUUUGGGUUCUAUCACGAUCACCGGCGCCCAAAUCGGCCGCCAACAAAGGGCCCCAGAUAGGCGGGAAUCGGACGAAGAAAACGAAUACCGGCAUGCGUUCCUCAUCAUCGAAGCGAAGCGUGGCCCAGGGGGCUCCAGCUCGAGGCACGUUCUCUGCGCUGAUAGCGAUGCUGACCGGGACAGCUGGGUGGAAGAGCUCGUGCGGUAUGUCACGGGCACGUAUACAGAGGAUCAGGUCGCUGUCGUUCAGAACGGCCCUAGUCCUAUUGCUGUGGGCUCUGCAUCGCAGCCUCCCUCAGAGCCACCCCGUUCGAGCACAAGCUCGGCCGUUUCAAUUGACUCUGUCGGCACCCCAAGCAAGCGGAUCCCUUUCAGACCAUCUGCUACGGGCAACGUCGUCACGGAUGUCAGCGAUGGCAAGUUAUUCCCUAAUGUAAUGGCGCGUCCCGAAGACACGGAUAGCCCAACGAAGUCGCAUGCAUCGUCCCCUAUAGAUCGGAUAUCGUCGGAUGGACCCAUGUCGACCUCCUUGCCCACGACGUCCCCCUUGAUCACGGACGAUAGCGAAAGCCUUGUCUCUGUUGGGCUGCGAGCGAAUUCGGAACUCGGACACUAUCCUGAACUUGUUGAUCCUAGAGCUGUGUACCAACGUGUGGGACACACGUCCUCUGACCAGCAACGCAAGAAGGCGCGGCGAAUGUCUGUCAACCCGCUCAAAACGGCUACGAUACCAGAACGCGCCCCAUCGCCAGAAAAGGAACCCUUUACCGCGAGCACGCCUCGCGCAGACUCGCACGGCAAGCCGAAGAUCUCUGCGCCCAUGAAUGGCACGCUCAUCCCCGCUGGAUACAAGUUCGGCGGUAAGGACGUCUCGUUGGAGGCCCCGCCGCAAAAUACUGAUCGACGAGAGAAGGCCAAAUCAAGAACCUUCUGGGGAUUCGGCCGACAUGACAAGCCGAGUGUUCCUGCUAUAGUUCCCCGGGCGGUGUUCGGCGUCACUCUGGACGAGUCAUUAGAGGUCGCCCAGAUCGCUAGCUUGCCAGCUAUCGUCUUCCGAUGCAUACAGUACCUGGAAUCCAAGGAAGCUGAUCAGGAGGAGGGCAUUUACCGACUGAGUGGUAGCUCCGCUGUUAUCAAAAGCCUCAAGGAUCGCUUUAACGCAGAGGGCGACGUGGAUCUGCUAGGCUCGGACGAGUACUGGGAUCCUCACGCGAUAGCUGGACUACUGAAGACAUUCUUGCGCGAGCUGCCAGCGAGUAUAUUGACGCGUGAUCUGCACCUGCGCUUCCUGUCCGUAGUUGACCUCGUCGAUCCCCAGGAACGGAUUAAGGACCUUUCCCACCUCGUCGCGUCCUUACCGAUUGCAAACUACAGCCUGCUGCGUGCGCUCACGGCGCACCUCAUCCUGAUCGUGCAGAAUGCACACGUGAAUAAGAUGACAAUGCGAAACGUCGGGAUCGUGUUCAGUCCGACGCUAGGUAUUCCGGCGGGCGUCUUCAGUCUCAUGCUGGGCGAGUUCAAGCGCGUAUUCAAUGUCGACGGGACGCUGGACGAGGGCGAGCCGUCUGCCGGGGACCAGGGUGCGGACAGAGCUAGCCUCGACCGGCGGAACAGCAGACGUUAUACGGAUACAGCUGCUGACCAAUUGUUGGGCUUAUCAGGCAGGGCUUUACAAGCUGCGCCUACGCCAGACGAUGGACCAUCAGACGGAGAGGAAGCGUCUGUAAUCGAAGGAAGCGUGGACGAUACGACUGAGAACGACUCGGACCUCGCGGAAUCCUCGGCGACGUCGAGCUCUGUGCAUCUCCCACAGCCCUCAGCGUUUGUGGAUUCGCUCCAUCCGCCAGAGGUGAAUGGAACCGGGAUGUCACCAUCAGGGGCCAUACAGUCGCGCGCGUCUCAUCUGGCUGCAUCCAGGGGCUUGAAUAUCACCGUGACAGAUAAGGCCAGCCGUCGACAUAGUCGCGUUGUGGGACUACCGGUGUCGCCGAGGCCAAGUCCGCGUCCUUCUCAGAACGGAUCUCCGUCGCCUGCGAUUCCGUCACCUCUAUCAACGCCGAAAUAG